CAAAAACCUUUAACCUAAGCAUAUCUUCUUCUUCAAAAACCCUCCUCUCACUCUCACUAUCUCUGUAAACCUCAACAAUGGCUCAAACCCUAGCACGAGCCAUGGCCACCAUAACAGCUCGCAACCCUACCUUUUCUCUCCUCCUCCCGAAACGACUUGUCUCUACCAUAACCAAGCCCCCUACCGUUCCAGCUCUCAUUCUCGGUCGUCGAACUCUCACUCCUCUUUCUCACGCCGUUAAGUCCAUUUCCGUUAAUCCUAACCGAUUCACCUCGAUUCGGUGCCGGGUUAACAGGUCCGGUACAUACUCUCCUCUCAACUCCGGUUCGAAUUUCAGUGACCGUCCGCCCACUGAAAUGGCUCCUCUUUUCCCUGGAUGCGAUUACGAGCACUGGCUUAUCGUUAUGGACAAGCCUGGUGGUGAGGGCGCCACGAAACAGCAGAUGAUUGAUUGUUAUGUUGAAACCCUUGCUAAAGUUCUUGGGAGCGUUGAGGAAGCUAAGAAGAAGAUUUACAACGUUUCAUGCGAAAGAUAUUUUGGGUUUGGUUGUGAGAUUGAUGAGGAGACCUCCAAUAAGCUAGAGGGCUUGCCAGGUGUUUUGUUUGUGCUUCCUGAUUCUUAUGUUGACCCUGAAAACAAAGACUACGGUGCCGAAUUGUAUGUGAACGGAGAAAUCGUUCAAAGGUCACCAGAAAGGCAAAGGAGGGUGGAGCCACAGCCCCAGAGAGCCCAAGACAGGCCAAGAUACAACGACAGAACCCGAUACGUGCGCCGCAAGGAAAAUAACCAGUGAUGGAACAAAUAGAAAGCUAGUUGUGUAGAUAUUCAUGGAAGAAAAACAGAGUCCUAGUUUUCCUGUGUUUCAGGAGAUUGAUCAAAUAUAGAGGAGAUCAUCUGGGGAAAUUAUGCUUGUGGGUGACAGAAUUAUGUAUGGGCAUGAAAUCUUAAUCUGUUGUUGUCUUCUGUACUGUGAUACACUGUAAUCGAAAGCAUGUGUUGUUAAUGGUAUUAACUUUGGAGGCUUUAAAAUUGAUUAUUAUAUAGUAAACUUAUUG